CUGAGUGUACUAAGCAUUGGAGAAACAGGUGAAUGAAGCCGGGACAAGUCCUUCCGUGUGUAUCGACCUCUAAUCCUUGCCCUGGUCCGGCGGGCGGGUCGUCUAUUCCUAACGUGUGUAUUUCUGGAGACCCCAAGACGUGAAGGGCUGCAGGGACUAUGCUCUCCCAGAGUCUCUUCGGAGUGCGGAUCCCUUGGCUUAGGCCACGUUCCCCGUUCCUCUAAACCCUUUCCCCAACCAUGUAAGGAGAGGCAGCUGUUGGGGGAGUUCCCAGGAUCUAAAGAUAGCGGCCCCUGCCUCGGAUUCCAAACGCCUCGGGGCAGCGGGAGCUGCCAUGGCACGGCAGCAUGCUCGGACCUUGUGGUACGACAGGCCCAAAUAUGUGUUCAUGGAGUUUUGUGUUGAGGACAGCACCGAUGUCCACGUGCUCAUCGAAGACCACCGCAUUGUGUUCAGCUGCAAGAAUGCCGAUGGAGUGGAGUUUUAUAAUGAGAUUGAGUUCUAUGCCAAGGUGAACUGCAAGGACUCCCAGGAUAAGCGCUUUGGCCGCUCCAUUACUUGCUUUGUGAGGAAAUGGAAGGAGAAGGUGGCCUGGCCCCGACUCACUAAGGAGGAUAUCAAGCCAGUGUGGUUGUGUGUGGAUUUUGAUAACUGGAGAGACUGGGAAGGGGAUGAAGAAGUGGAGCUGGCUCAGGUGGACCAUUACGCAGAGCUUUUGGAGAAGGUCAGCACCAAGAGACCUCCCCCUGCAAUGGACGACCUGGAUGAUGAUUCUGACAGUGCGGACGCAACAAGUAAUUAACUUUCUGUGACAGCAGAGCUGGGGAGGAAGCUGUGGCUAUCUUCCAGUCACUCUAACAAGCUAGGGCCUGGGUCUUUCUCAGCUCUUUGGCUGUGCGCCAGGGUCCUCUGGGAUCUCCAAACUUUCCUAGAAGCUCUUUAUUAAGGGUCCUCCUUCAUGCUUUAUUUCUAUUUCCUAGGCACUUGACUAUGGCUGCUGCGUCAGAUGACAGGAUAGGAGAGGAGUAGACAGGUGGGGCUUCUGACUUCCUACCAGUUGGCUGUAAUCUUUGUGUUUGGGCCACUCAUCAGGGCUUUCUGGAGUAUUUGAGCCUCUGUGUGUGUAUAUGUGUAAGAGCAAAAGCCAUAGAAGCAGCAUAUAGAUUAUAAUAAAUCUGUAGGAACUGUU